GCCUGUUGCAGUCUUCAUAAACCCUUGUCCGGCAAAACAGUGUUUGUAAUUGAUUUUCCUUCUCUGCGUGGCCGUGUCUUGUCUACCGUCGCCCUUCUGCAGCCGUGACCGUCUCCCAUCAAGCUCUCUAUUUUUCCCUUGUUGUCAUCUUCUGGCUGUUUCUGAACAAGUAUGAUGGAGGAGAUUAAAAAACCGGGACUUGUCGAAACAAUAAAGAGAGAAGCUCCACAGCUAGCAUCCGUGUUGAGAGAAAUGAAGGAAGGUCUAGAUGUGGUUAGGAGCAAAGUUGAAGCUCUCACCGCAAAGGUAAAAGCAGACAGUUAUCCGACAGCGGAUGGGAUGAGUUAUCUGGAGGCAAAGCAUCUGUUACUUUUAAGUUAUUGCCAGUGUCUCGUAUAUUAUCUGCUAAGGAAGGCCAAAGGAUUCUCUAUCGAUGGCCAUCCUGUUGUAAAGAGUCUUGUAGAGAUACGAAUGUUUCUUGAAAAGAUUCGUCCCAUAGACAAGAAGCUUCAGUACCAAAUUCAGAAGCUCACCACAGCCGGUGUUGGUUCAGUGGCUGAACAAGCCCUCUCUGAGGGAAAGGAAGCCCAACAAUCUGAAGAUGUUUCUAACUAUAAGCCCAAGCCAGACUUGCUUGCUGACAAGAUGGUGGAUGAAUCAAUGGAGGAUGGAGGAGUUUAUCGGCCUCCUAAAUUCGCUCCUAUGUCUAUGGACGACAAGACGUCGAAACAGGAGAGAGAUGCUGCCAGAAAAGAGAAGCACUUUUUAAGACAAGCCACUGAGAAUACAUACAUGAAAGAUGUGUUGGACGAGCUCGAGGACAGGCCUGAAGAGAUCAGAGACUAUUAUGGGCCUGAGAGCAAGGAACAGAGGAAGUUCAUGGCACGGUACGAGAGGCAACAAGAGGUAGAGGAAGAACUCUUUGUCCGAGCACCUCGCACUAAGGAGGAUAAGAAGAGAGAGAAGCGCUUGAAGUCGCGCAGUGGGCUGCAUGGACUUACCGAGAGUUUUGACAACGAGUUCAAGUUCUUGGAUGAAGAUGGUGAAAAACCAUCCUCAAGCUUUAGUAGUAGAGGCAAAUCCAAGAGAAGAAAGAUGAGGCAUUGAUAUGGAUGGAUACAUCACUCUGUUGCUACACUGUCGUUUUGCUUUGUGAUUGUAUUGAGAUUUUUUUUGUUUAAUGUGGAGAACGAACACACACACGGUCAAGCACUUGCCGUAAUAUUCGGAAAGACCUUUUCUCUUUCGCUAUAUUUAGCUUCGUUUUCAUUUAA